GUACACAAUUUUUCAGUACAGAAUUUUUCGCUCUCUGCUUUUCUGCCCGGGGAGAGGAAGGAGAAGAAGCGGGAGAGAAACGAAGAAACGAAGAAACGAAGAAACGAAAACCAUCGCGCGGGAGGUCCGUCAGUUUGGCGGCCUUUUUUUUUUUUUUUCCUGGGGGGGCGGGCGGGGCGAGGCGACGGAGGCGGCCGGCGGGCGGGCGCGCGCGACUUUCAACGAGGACAUGGCGCCAAUUCUCGACCUAGACGACGAUGGGCGGCGGCGGCGGCGGGAGUUUUGCGCACGGCGCAUGCUCUCCCGCCGAAUGCGUUUUCAGUUCCCGCCUUCAUGCUCAUUUUCCGCGUUCAUGUUCAUUUCCCGCCUUCAUAUUGAUUUCCCGCCUUCAUUUUCAGCUCCCGCGGGACAGCGAAACUUGCUGGCUGGCAAUGGCGCUGCUGCAGCUGCGGAGAAGCUGCUGGGGGGGGAAUCGUCAGAAUACCGCCGUCUUCAUGUUCGUUUCCCGCCUUUUUUUCAGCUCGGUGCCCAUUUUCGCACUCUUCUUCUCCGCUAUAACUCUCUCUCCCUCCUUCUCUUCCUCCUCUUUUUCUUCGGUGUUUGCGCGGUCGAUGCACGCCGUCGUCUUCCUCCGCAGGCAGCUCCUCUACCGAUCAUUGCAGGAGAGCCCACCAUAGCUACGCAGUUUGCAUUUCAAGCGGCCAUGGUUAUCGAAGAUCGCUCUGAUACCGGGUUUUUUUGCGGCGCUAGCAUUCUAAGUCCAUCGUACGCAUUGACCGCUGCGCAUUGCUUCCGGCAAUCGGCUUACGAAGACGUUAGGGGUCAUGCAUAUGUGAAUGACCCCAACACGACAGUUACGAUAAUUUAUGGCAGCACCCAAAUGCCCUCACUGGAAUACGGCUAUCGUGUGAAUGCGAGCGAGUUAUGGGUUUACGAGAAGUUCAACAACCCAGUCAUGAGCAACGACUUUGCCAUCGUGAAAUUUGGAUCUCCCAUUCAGAUGAGCGACAAGGUGCAGUCCAUCCGCUUGUCUCCUAAUCACUGGGGACCUCGUGAGCUGCCCGAGGAUGCUGAUCUAACGAUCAGUGGCUGGGGAAAUACAUCAGUCGGUGCAGUGACUCCACCACCCUUCCUGUUAUCGUUGACGUCAAAUCAUUUGCCGGACUUUUGCAAGGAAAGAUUUCCAGAAGUCUUCAGGUCGGAGCUGAUGAUUUGUUCGGGCUGCACACUGAACGGGACGGGGGUCUGCCAUGGGGACAGUGGCGGACCUGCGACCGUGGCUUCGGCCUCCGGCGGGGGACCAAUUCAAGUGGGCAUUUUAAGCUGGGCGGCCUAUCCGUGUGCGACCAGUCCGGCGGUUCUCGCUCCAGUCGCCAUCGUUCUGCCCUGGAUCGAGUCUAUUGUUGGGAUACCGCUUCGCAGCACCGUUCAAGCCGCUCCUACCUUCGAUUGCGACACAUGUCCAGGAUCUCCCCGUGGGGCUGCGACCGCCACCGACGGUGCAGGCACUGCCACGCCGCCAGACUCUGCACGUGUACCUGCGCCGCCGUGUGCACCUGCGCCGCGGCAGACAACAGCGCUUCCAAGCUCGGCGCACUCGUGCGCCACACACAACCUACUCCAGGCCAGCGUUGAAUCGCUACUUCCACAUGGCUUCAAAUUCCGUUUAUCCCAAUGCAGAGAAGGGACGCAAACCUUGAGGGCGUACUACCAAUUUGAAGCCGGGCUUGCAACUCUACUUACGGACAGUCAAAGUCAAAGUCAAAGCGAGGUCUUGAAGAAGACGCAACAGGUUUUCGAAAGACUAUCCAACGGAAUGGUGGUCUUCUUGCGAACUUCUAGUGGGAUCGGUACUGGCAAGAUCCGGAUCGCUUACCGGACCUCUAAUCGGACGGUCCUCCUCAACACACCGCUAACCAAGCCAGAGUUAAUUCCUGCGGACAACACAAAAGCCUCCACUACCGAGUUCUCACAGAGAGCCCAAGGUUGGGAGGUAGCACUGCGAGGGAGCUCCGGGAACGCCACAUAUGCAGCGCUUUAUCUGUUGACGAACACUGAAGCUGAUGCUGCUCUUCCACAUUAUUACCAGAUAUCGCUUCCCGUUGGGAAAACGGCUAUUGGGGCGAACGAGAUUGGGACUAAUUGGACAAGUAACAGUGCGGACGAUGAUGGCAUUCCCACACUGACGCUUGAAUGAGUCAGACUUGUUUGGACAGAAAUUGGAAAAAGAGAAAAGAGGAUUUUUUUUUUUAAUGGUAGUUAUUGAACUCUGGUCAGACUUCUUCUUGGCGGCAGGCUGCACGCAAAAGACUGCUGAGAUUUCCGGAUGGGAAUAAUAAAAGUUGAUAAUCUGCGAACAACUCAAUCUCUGGACCACCAGCGAGAACGGAGUGCCAUGCGAAAAGGAGAGAGAGAGAGAGAGAGGAUGGCAGCAAGGGGUGGGGGUCUGAUCAGGAGUAGGAGAGGAAAUGUGCAAUCAUUUGGUGGUGCAGUGAUUGGACGAAUAUAUAGAUAUAAAUGCCCGGGUGCUGAUGUAGCGGCAGAGGCAGGCUGAGAAUCAUCCCGACCAAAAGCCGAACCGGAACCAGAACCCCUUAAGCCUCUGAGGCUCAUCCUGAUUACUACCGUCUUCCCCCUCCUCAACGCUACGUCAUUCGGCAUGUACCUGACCGGAAAGGUGGUGUCUAUGCAUCCAUUUUCAGGGUGCGUUAUGUACCGCGGAAGACGGAUGAUUGGCGGCCAGAUCGAAGCCGCAACUAAGCACCAGGACCGCAAUCUGGGCCGAACUGGUCCGAGAACCCAAGACUCAUGCCGAACUGCACCCAGACCGGAGCCCGAACCCGUGACCGAAGCAGAUGGGAUUCUGGUUGGGCUACUUCUAGGCGGAGAGAUCACAGGUUCAAAUCCUGUCGGUCCAUGUCGGAUGCUGGCUUCAUCAAGAGUCCUCACAUUUACGGGAAUGCUCCCGAGCGGGCCCGACUUGGUACCUCAACCUGAUUUUCAUCCCGAUCUGUGGGCCCGAACCGGCGUUCGAACCUUCACCAAAGCAGAUAAGAUUCUAGUAGGUGGCCUACUUCCAGGCGCCGGACAUUUGACACCAACAAGAGUCCUUCAAAGCAGGAAGGCGCUGAGGAGCACGAAAGCAACAAGGAGGUUGUCUUUCGAAGCUCUACUACGGUGACCUUCUUCCCCGAAAUACAACGUAUGGUUAUUAUCGCUGUACUUGGGGUAUCUUUCAGUCUAAAUUCAUCUAUAAUGACCAUACGUUGCAUUCGGGGGAAGAAGGUAGUUAGUCUAGGUUGCCUCAUGGCAGCGAGAAACAAUGACCAGAAGAAGGAUGAGCAGGCGACCGUGGAGAUUGCCACGCCCCACCGAAUAUAGAGGAGGAGGAGGAGGAGGAGGAGAAACACUAUGUAUUGGAUGUCAUUGCAAGAUGGCGAUGACGAGGAAAGUGAGCCGGAAGUGUCAGAGAUAUUGACGACAACAAAAAAAGGGAGAGCUUGACGGCUGUAACGACAAAAGCCGAAGAGGGGAAGAGGACGCCUAGGAGUAGCAAGGCUUAGAGAUGUUGACGACAGCAAGAAAUGAGGCACAAGGGACUGGGGAUACAGUCCCCACCCAGCUCAGGCUACAGAAAAUAGCUAUCGAAUAUAUAGUACACACAAAAACUCAUAUUAUAUAUUUAUAUAUUUAUUUAUAUAUAAAUAUAUACUUUAAGAAGAGAAUGGAGGACGAGACGGCUGUGCUCGCUGACAGAGCUUAACAUCCAUUUUUUUUAAUUUUUUUUUGGACAUCAAAUUUUCCGAUUAUUUCCGUAUUUUUGGAAUUUGUGUAUGGGCAUAGUUGUGCAGUGUGUACAUAAUUUUAGCGUUCUAUGUAAACUUUCCUUUGCGUCAUGAUCUGUAAAAUAAUCACAGACUGAGACGUCCGCUGAUCUCUGAGUUUCCCCGCAGGAACGUAUGCCUUGCUGAGCUUCCCACUUUCUGCUCAGAUAUCUAAGUUUCGUUUAAAUGCACUGCGUGCUUGCUGAUUUCCCGUGUGCCUGUCUGAGUGUACGAUUGCUUGGUUGUGUGUGUGCGGCCUUCCAGGGUACUUUUAGUGACUGAAAAAAUAGAUGACGAUAGCCGACAGGUAAUGACCCCGAAAC